UGGAAACAAUUCAGUUUUAAUAACUUAAAAUGUUGCCCAUUGCGCGAGGGAUAUACAAUGGUUUGGCUAGCAUAACGCGCAACAGCCGGGGAGCUUUGCAUACAGCCAGCGCCUUCAGAUGCAAGGCUGCAACGGAAAAUGAAGCGGAGGCGGUCGAUGGCGAAGAGGAGCCAAAGAGCUCUGGUCCGGACCCCAAAGAUCGCACCCAAGUGAUACCUGUGGAAACAUCAAUACGUUAUCUGAAGAGUGUCGCGUAUAAGGAGACCUAUGGCGACGAUUUCGUGUGGUCUCAAUAUCGGCGCAACCACAAGGGCAUGUAUGCGCCACGCAAGACCCGCAAGACUUGCAUUCGCCAGGGCAAAAUAUCCACCGGUAAUCCUUGUCCCAUUUGUCGCGAUGAGUAUCUCGUCCUGGAUUACCGCAACACGGAACUACUGGAGCAGUUCAUUUCGCCGCACAAUGGAGAGGUCCUCAGCUACUCGAAGACGGGUCUAUGCCAGAAAAGUCAUUUGCGUUUGAGGGUGGCGGUGGAGCAGGCCCGGGAUUCUGGCCUCAUAACCUACGAUGUGCCAUUCAGAGAGUAUGACUACAACGAGUUCUAUGGCCAGCAAAAGUCCUAAUAUUAGUUAAUCAUAUUUAAUAAACGAUUGUUAAAAGA